GGGCUUCUUCGACCGCGGCGCCAACAUCGUGGAGGACAAGCUGGUAGAGGACCUGCGCACCCGCGAGAGUGAGGAGCAGAAGCUCAACCGAGUGCGCGGCAUCCUGCGCAUCAUCAAGCCCUGCAACCACGUGCUGAGUGUCUCCUUCCCUAUCCGGCGCGACGACGGCUCCUGGGAAGUCAUCGAGGGCUACCGCGCCCAGCACAGCCAGCACCGCACACCCUGCAAGGGAGGCAUCCGGUACAGCACCGAUGUGAGUGUGGACGAAGUGAAGGCGCUGGCUUCACUGAUGACGUACAAGUGUGCAGUGGUUGAUGUGCCAUUUGGUGGAGCUAAAGCAGGUGUUAAAAUCAACCCCAAGAACUAUUCAGACAAUGAAUUAGAAAAGAUCACAAGAAGGUUCACCAUGGAGCUAGCAAAGAAGGGUUUUAUUGGUCCUGGCAUUGACGUGCCUGCCCCAGACAUGAGCACAGGCGAGCGGGAGAUGUCCUGGAUCGCGGACACCUAUGCCAGCACCAUAGGGCACUAUGACAUUAAUGCACACGCCUGUGUUACCGGAAAGCCCAUCAGCCAAGGGGGCAUCCAUGGGCGAAUCUCUGCGACCGGCCGUGGGGUUUUCCAUGGGAUUGAGAACUUCAUCAAUGAAGCUUCCUACAUGAGCAUUUUAGGAAUGACACCAGGCUUUGGAGAUAAAACAUUUGCUGUUCAGGGCUUUGGUAAUGUGGGCCUGCACUCUAUGAGAUAUUUACAUCGUUUUGGUGCUAAAUGUAUUGCUGUUGGAGAGUCUGAUGGGAGUAUAUAUAAUCCAGAUGGUAUUGACCCAAAAGAACUGGAAGAUUUCAAGUUGCAGCAUGGAUCGAUUCUGGGCUUCCCUAAGGCAAGGGUAUACGAAGGAAGCAUCUUGGAGGCUGACUGUGACAUCCUGAUCCCUGCUGCCAGUGAGAAGCAGUUGACCAAAACCAAUGCACCCAGAGUCAAAGCCAAGAUCAUCGCUGAAGGUGCCAAUGGACCCACCACUCCGGAAGCUGAUAAGAUUUUCCUGGAAAGGAACAUCAUGGUUAUUCCAGAUCUCUACUUGAAUGCUGGAGGAGUGACCGUGUCUUACUUUGAGUGGCUGAAGAAUCUAAAUCAUGUCAGCUAUGGCCGAUUGACCUUCAAAUACGAAAGGGAUUCUAACUACCACUUGCUGAUGUCUGUUCAAGAAAGCUUAGAAAGAAAAUUUGGGAAGCAUGGCGGGACAAUUCCUAUCGUCCCAACAGCAGAGUUUCAGGACAGGAUAUCGGGGGCAUCAGAGAAAGACAUCGUCCACUCCGGCUUAGCCUACACAAUGGAGCGUUCUGCCCGGCAAAUCAUGCGCACAGCCAUGAAGUAUAACCUGGGCUUGGACCUGAGGACAGCUGCCUACGUCAACGCCAUUGAGAAAGUCUUCAAAGUGUACAAUGAAGCUGGUGUGACCUUCACAUAGAUGCUGGCAGCCAGCUGCCUCAAUACCCCUCCACCUGUACCUUCUGCAGCCCCCUCACAGUUUACACAUAACCGCGGCAAUCUUUCCCAUGACUCAGUAGAUAAUGGACACAUUCUCAACCAGGAAGGCCAAAUCAGCCCCUUAGGAGGCAGGAAGAUAAGGCUAGGGAUCAUGCAAAUCUGUGCCAGGGAGCCACACAGGCGUUUUGCCUAGAACUUCAAAGCCCCUCCUCCCUGGCUGUGUCACCUCACUCUGGGGCUCCCAGUCCAGCCAGUGCUGACCAGGAAGGCGGACGGAGCAGUUGCUCAGUGCUGCAGUUCAGCUCCAGGCAAGUCCACAGGAGCUAUAGCUCUGACACACGUAAGAUGUAGUGUGUGGCAUAUUAGGAAGGUGGCAUGGUCCUCGAGUGAGUUACUGGUAUUUACGUCAACAAAUUAACUCAGUUUUACAAGUUGCAAAGAAUAAAGCUGCUCCUCUUGCGCAUUUUAUUCUUUUAGAAUAAAAUAAGUACAUGCUGCUGUAAUAAAAUUGCCUUUAAUCACUUAACAAGCCUAACCUUAGUAAACAUAGUAACAUAAUAAAUGAAGAAAGCUAGUAUUUUUAUAAAGCAGUAUCAUUUAUAGCUUACCGGUCAUGUAAUGUCCAGCAGGAACUACAGAGCCCGAUGGAGAGCUGUGUGCAUACCUACAGCCAUGGAGGCUGUUUUCCUUAACUGUCAGAAUUUGCUAACUACAAGUAUGACACAUAGUCCAAAGAAUGCAGUAACCUCCUUAUCAUGGUAAUUAAUUGUUCCUCCCCUUUGAAGACCAAUUGUGUUGACUAUUUGAACCAUAAUUCAAGUAGAGUAUUCCAGAAGAGACCAUUUGGGCUCCGUGUGAACACCGGUGGGCCCCAGCCCCAUCUGACUUUGCAUUCUUACCUGCCCCUUUCAUAGCAGGCUGAUGCACCCAGAGGAUUGUUUUGUUUGCAGAAUUACCUGGCCAGGGCCCUUUGAACUGUAGUUUCCCAAUGGAGUACUACAUAUUAUUUAUGUAAAGAUGAGCGCCUUUGUUUUUGUUUUGUUUUGUUUUUUAACAAUGCCCUUUCAGAAAUUUCUAACCACUUUGUAACUGCAUGACAACCUGGUGAUAACAGUUAUUAAACAUCCACCUUUUCCAGA